GAUCUGCGAUUGUACGCUACUCGUUUCGAAGUUAUACCAGGCCCAUCCGACCGCUUUGUGGUCUGUGGUGAGAAGCUUAUUGUUCGCAACAGAUUGUACCUAUCACCGCCGCCGACACUAUCUUUGGCGCAUACAGUGUGAGCUUACUGGGAGCCGACAAUAGCCGUGGUCGAGCGACGAACUGCUUUUGACGAUGAAUGCGCUACAAUCGCAGACGCAGGUCAGUUUAGCAUCAGUCCAUGUGCUAAUGAACUUGGAUCUGGGAGAGGUAUAAGCAAGGUGUACAAUGUACCUUUAGGGUAAUUUCGAGAUCAGAGCUCGAAGUUCUAAAGAAUAGGAAGCAAGUGGUUCCAUAUACUUUACUCUCGGCAGCUGUUGACGUAUUGGCAACAAAAUCUAUGGAUGUCCGACGGUCAUCAGGCAUUUUACGUCGACUGUCUUCAGAAAUAACAGUGAUGUCGAACAAGAGGCACUCUCUAUUUGAAGCUGGCACCAAAUAUCUGUUUUAGUAAUUAUGGGCGGACCAGGUGGUCCUCAAGGAGGGGGCGGAGGUGCUCCAACGAUGUCACCAAUGGAACGCGAAAAGGUUUUCCAGUGGAUAGCUGAACUUGUAAAUCCGGAAACCCGUGAGAACUCCCUUCUUGAACUCAGUAAAAAGCGAGAAGUUGUUCCCGAUCUGGCGCCUAUGUUAUGGAACUCGUUUGGCACAAUUGCCGCUCUAGUCCAGGAAAUCAUUCACAUCUAUCCGGCAAUCAACCCACCAUCGUUGACAGCCCAUCAAUCUAAUCGUGUCUGCAAUGCCUUGGCGCUCCUGCAGUGCGUCGCUAGCCAUCCCGAGACGCGGUCGUUUUUCCUGCAAGCCAACAUUCCUCUUUAUCUGUACCCGUUUUUGCAUACCGUGUCGAAGACGCGCCCGUUCGAAUACCUGCGCCUGACGUCUCUGGGUGUUAUUGGUGCGCUGGUAAAGACUGAUGAACAAGAGGUCAUAAAUUUCUUGCUCACCACGGAAAUAAUUCCACUCUGUCUGCGAAUUAUGGAAAGCGGCAGCGAACUCUCCAAGACAGUGGCGACAUUUAUUCUGCAGAAGAUCCUUUUGGACGACACUGGGUUAGCCUACAUCUGUCAGACCUAUGAGAGGUUUUCACACGUGGCGAUGAUUUUGGGUAAAAUGGUGAUCUCAUUAGCCAAGGAGCAGAGUUCGCGACUUCUCAAACAUGUGGUGCGAUGUUACCUGCGGCUUAGUGAUAACGCUCGGGCAAAGGAAGCCUUGCGUCAGUGUCUACCUGAUCAGCUCAGAGAUAACACCUUUUCCAAUUGCCUUAAAGAAGACAGGUCGACCCAGCACUGGCUUCGUUCGCUUCACAAGAAUCUUGCUGAGGAUCCUCAGGAGGGAAUAUUGUUCUCACCUCAGCAGGCCGGACAGGUGCCGGCAUCAAGUUAAACAUGUUCAAAACGCAAUAAUCAGUAGAAUGCGUCUGCGCAGCUAAGCGAAGGGAAGUUAAGUUGGGUUGACGGAUUAGCGUCCGACUGGCAGUAGCGCCCUCGUUAAGCUGUUCAUACCGUGUUUGCUAUUAUGGGCCGACAACAGCUUUCGUGUGAUUUUAUUUACGGUCGACACAAUACACGGCGAUUAUUGGGAUACAUUCAAAAUGGAAAAUAGGGGGAUUCAAGUGGGUAGUGUCAGUGACAACGGAAUAAGUGGUGUAUAUCAUAUCUAUGAAUGGCACUAAAAAUGAAUUGCAACUGGAACCUCUGGCA